CUUGAUUACCUGCCCCUUUGGUUCUUUCCCCAUGCGUCUUUGUUUCUGUUUCAUGUUCUUGGUUUUAUAAAAUCACCCACUACUCCCUGAACGUGCUUCCCGACUCUCACCGCACAUCGUUACGAGUAAAUCCGCCUGCUAGCCACUGCUUGUCCACUAAGUCAUGUCAGCCCCAGGUUACCCAUCCCCUCACCAGGGUCCUGGAAGUUACUCCACGGCACCCUACCCUGUUCCUCAUGGUGGGUAUGGUGACCCUAACCAUGCUCCCCCACUGGUUGACUUCCAUAUGGGCUACAACCACAAACAACUCCACCCAGGCCAGCCUGUGAUGCACCAGCCUGUGCCCAUGCCUGAAUAUGGGGUACCUCAAAUGGGCCCAGGCUAUGGUGGUCCCAUGCCUGGGCCUGAAUUUGGUGCAGUUGUGCCUGUUGGAGUUCCACCUGGUCUGGAGUACCUAACACAGAUUGACCAGCUCCUUAUACACCAAAAAGUGGAGUUGCUGGAAGUGUUCAUUGGCUUUGAGACCAACAACCAGUACGAGAUCAAGAACAGCCUGGGUCAGAAGAUCUACAAGGCCAAGGAGAAGAACGACUGCUGCACACGCAACUGCUGCGGUGCCCUGCGUAGCUUCGACAUGAAGAUCAAGGACAACACGGACCGCGAGGUCAUCCGCCUCAUACGUCCCUUCCGCUGUGCCUCCUGCUGGUGCCCCUGCUGCCUGCAAGAGCUCGAGGUCCAAGCCCCGCCUGGCACCACCAUAGGUUAUGUGUCCCAGGACUGGAACCCCUGCGUGCCCAAGUUCUCCAUCAAGGGGGCCAACAUGGAGACCGUAAUGAAGCUGGAAGGACCCUGCUUUGCCUGCAACUGCUGCGGGGAUGUGAAUUUUGAGCUGACGGGGGAAGAUGGAGGCAAGCCCAUCGGCCGCAUCAGUAAGCAGUGGGGUGGCCUGAUAAAGGAGGUCUUCACCGACACGGACAACUUUGGCAUCCAGUUCCCCAUGGACCUGGAUGUCAAGAUGAAGGCUGUGCUCGUGGGCGCCUGCUUCCUCAUCGAUUUCAUGUUCUUCGAGAAGGACUGAGCACUUGAGUCAAACUCUCUUUCUGUUCCCAUUUGCAAUCCCCCCUUUUUUUCCCGAUUCUGUUUGAAACUCCUUCCUUAUUUGAAACCUUAGAGGAAGCUGCCAAUCCUAGAACUCUUUCUGUGUAACACGUGAGGUCUUAUCUGAUGAGCUUACAUAGCCUCUGGACUGUUUCUGUCUAUCCACUCGAAUGUAAGAAUCAGCAACUGGGCUAUGAGACAUAGGCCUUAGUUGUCUUUCAUGGGUUUCUCCACUCUCUCCACGGAGUUCUGUUUUUUGCAUUUGUUCUAUCAAAUUGAUUUCUUGUUUAUCUAUGUACAUUUGGGGGUUCAGAACAGUAUGGAAACUUGUUCUUAAAUACUUUUUCAAUAUUUUCUUUUUAGUCACUGCCAUGGCAAGUAUUUUUAUCAUACCAAAUGGCUUCAGUUGCAGUAUUACAUUCUAGAUUCUUUAUUUUAGUGUUGAAAAUUAUGAUUACUUACUGUUGUCACCUGUCAAAUCCACUUCAAUCAGUGUAGAUGAAGGGGAGGAGACGGGUUAAAGUAGGAUUUUUAAGCCUUGAGACUGUGUAUUUGUGCCAUUCAGAGGGUGAAUGGGCGAGACAAAAGAUUUGUGCCUUUGAAUGGGGUAUGGUAGCAGGUGCCAGGCAAACCGGUUGGUAUCAAGAACUGCACCGCUGCUGACUUCUUCACGCUCAACAGUUUCCCGUGUGUAUCAAGUAUGCUCCGCCACCCAUAAGCCACCUUGACACAACUGUGGGAAGCAUUGGAGUCGGCAUCCCUGUGGAACGCUUGUAGAGUCCAUGCCCUGACGAACUGAGGCUGUUCUGAGCGCAAAAGGGGAUACGACUCCAAUAUUAGGAAGGUGGUCCUAAUAUUUUGUACACUCAGUGUAAAUUUUUCCAGGCCUCAGUUGUUCCUUGACAAGCACCAUUCAUUCACGCUGUUGAUCAUUUUAAUGUUACUACUUCUGAUAGUAACUAUAUCCACUGGGGAAGUGGGAGAGAGUGAGGUGGCUCAAAUCAAAUCCAUCUGAGUCAACAUCUUUUUUUUGCAGCAAUGAUUGUCAGAGAUUCAAGGAGUUAUCAUCAUUAAGUAACAUAAUUGAUGCGAAGCAUUGAGUAUUUACAUUCAUCCACUUAAAAAAACAACGACUUUGUCCCAGAAUCAUUUACCUGCAGGGCAUGCCUUCAUCAUGAAGGAAUGGGCUUACCUGACUUAAGGGACAUAGUGAAAAGUUGGGGCCAAUUUCUUGGUAAACUGUUUCCUUUGGUGUUAUAUACAGUGUAAUUUUGUUCAUGGGUUCAGUAUGAUGACUCUUUGCACUGUUUAGGGAAAGUGUUAUAUUUGUAUUAGCCAACAAGGGUCUGGUUUCAAUCAGUCGUGCUGAAGCGUGAUUGAAAUUUAAAUGCAAGAUUUCUGCAUUUGCAUUAAACGCUGCAUAUGUCGGCUCAAUCGAAAAUGACUUUUUGAAUUUCAACCAUGCGUAUUUUCGGCACUACAGAUUGAAUCCAGCCCUGGGUCAAACAGUUGUGGUAAAUAAAGCAGUUUUGUACCCUU